AUGGGGCAACUAGGUCGUCCCCAACUCGACCUUUGCAAACGCCUUCAAGCCACACUCGACACAAAUCGACGACCGGGUCACUAUUGCAACAUUUCGUCACAUGAAAACGACGAUGGAAUUGCGUAUAAAGGAAAAGUCGUCCAUUGGACGAACCGACUCAGUUGGGAGGCAACCGCGGGCCCAUAUGCGCCUCCAUGCGAGAGCGAGCACAUCCAAGUACUCGUGGAGGUCCCGUCGGCGCGCCAUCGUCCGUUGUUCAUGGCCGAGCACGCGUCGGCGCGCCUGACUGCGGAACUUGUCAAGAUUCAAGGCACACCUCGCACGACUGCGGCCAGAGUGCAGCUACGACGCCCGUUGCGUACAGCGUCGGCGCCCCGCCGCAAGGCGAACGAACUGCCCCAGGCGGCUGAGCCGGUGCACAAUGUGUUCGUGGCAACUCAAGUCGUACCCGACACGGUGGUUCUGGACGGCUUUGAUGGCCCAGCGUCGGUGGAGCUCCCGGCAGCGGCGCCGUGGUGGACAUUUCGGUCCGUGACCACGUACUUCACGUACUUGGCAAAGGCGGCCAUUGCGGCGGUGAAGGUGCCGCUGCACUACCUCUUGGCCCCGGCGACGACGAUGCCGCCUAUUACCCUUACCUCCCACAACUUCGCUACUUGGCGUGUGUGGUUCAUUGCCAAGCUCCAAACGAAACGUUUGGCGAACUACCUGGUCUGGGAUGGCGUUGCAGCUCAAGGAGCAGACGGUUUUGAAUACAACGCACUGGACAACCUCCGUGCACUUGGAAUCCUCACGGAAAGUCUGAGCGAGUCACAGUACCAAUACGUGGACGGCGCUUUGCUGGUCAAGUCUGCCAUGGACAACUUGACAGCCAUCCAUGAGCCGAUCGGCGCGGCCGACCGUGUGGCACUGCUUGAAGAGUACCACACUCUGACAUGGGACUGGAAGACCGUCCCCCUCGAAGAAUUCAUCGGAGUUUUUCGCGACCUGACACGCCGCUUGGACCGUGCGACAUUGAACGAGCUGCCCUCGUUUCGUGUGACUAAGCUGCUAUCACUCAUGCCAAAGGAAAUGCGCAUGGUGAGCCACAUGAUCAUCGAUUCGAACGCAGAGUUCCACACUGUGCCCAUCGCUGCAACCAAGCUUGUCGCAGAGUACAAGUACCUCCAGAAAGAAGGCGUCCUCAGGAUCCGUGGACGCAAUAUGGAUGAUGCUGUACUCAUCGCACAUCAUGACCGUAUGCCCACAUCCGAAAACGGUAACGAACGACGAAAGGCCCGCAACCAGGACAAAUGCCACAAUUGUGGUAUCAUCGGGCACUGGGCUCGUGAUUGUCGGCGACCUGAUGGUGGUAGCCAUGCCGGCCAAUACAGGCGUGGCCAGCAUGAAACCCGGCGUACUCGCGCUGCACAUGUGAACGCAGUACGAUCAGAUUCAACUCGAGAUGAAGACUACCUUUUUGCUUUGGAUCUCGAGAGUAGUGAGCAGCCAUCCUCCCUGCACAUGUCGUCACUACCCACUGCAUCCCUGUCGUCAACGCACUGCAUGGUGGUGGAUUCCGGUGCAUCGUGCCAUAUCACAGGAAACCUUGACAUCCUGUACGACCGUACUGAUUGCGAACGGUCCGUGGUUGUGGCUGACGGACACCGGAUGCGUGUUGUGUUAAUGGGCAAGAUCCGGUUGACUGGCAUUGACGGAACUCACCUCGUCUUGACCGACGUACUCUACGAGCCAAGUGUGACCAACACAUUGGUGUCCAUCUCUCGUAUGACGGUAGACAACCCCGACGUGGAUGUAUCAUUUUCGGGUCAAAAUUGUUCCAUCCACGCCGGCGCUCGACUCAUUGCCACAGCGCGUUUUGACCCACGUUCAAAGCUAUUCAUCUUGGGGGGUAAAACGAAUGUCGAGGGAGAUGAGUAUGUGGGUACUGCUACUGGAACAACGGACCUUACCGAACCUUUGCCCCCCCGAACCAUCGAUCUAUGGCAUUGUCGCAUGGGCCAUGCCAUGCUUGACCACAUGCGUUGGAACUCGAGACAACACCCCGAGCUCCCUCGUUUCGAUUCGAAGUUGAGCUUGUGUGAGUGUUGCCAGACCUCAAAACAGACACGUGCUCCGCGCCCGCCGCGAGCCACACGACACUGGCAACUGGGUGAACUAGUCCACAGCGACAUAAAGGGCCCUAUGCGGACCUCCACAAACGGUGGCGGCCGAUACAUGCUGUCCUACAUCGAAGACUCGUCUGGCUAUGCAUGGACCAAAAUACUGCAGAACAAGUCCGACCAGGCCGAUGCCUUUAUGGAAUUCCUUCCGUGGUUAGAGCGCCAAACUGGCACAAAGCUGAAGUGCCUGCGAUCUGACAACGGAGGAGAAUACUUGUCCAGCGAGUUCUCUCAAUCUUUGACAACGCUUGGCAUCAAGCACGAGACGUCGGCGGUGGAUUCCCAGUUCCAAAAUGGGAAAGCAGAACGAUUCAACCGAACGAUUUUCGAGAUGGCAUUGGCCAUGCUUACCCAUGCUUCGAUGGCCCGGGUGUGGUGGGGCGAAGCAAUCCAUACCGCAACGUUCCUCCGAAACCGGCUCGUCAACUCAGUCAGCAACACCAAGUCUCCCAUUGAACUCCUCCUUGGGCAGAAGCCAAACUUGGCAAAUUGGAAAGUAUGGGGCUGCUUGUGCUUCCACCUCCUCCCAUACCAAUCCAAACGGGACAAGCUUCGACCAAAAGCAGUCAAGUGCAUUUUCUUGGGCUACUCCGACACCCAGAAAGCCUACCGCCUCUUUGACAUCGAGAACAACAAGCUCGUUUUCUCGGUCAACGUCAAGUUUUUUGAGUCCAAGUUCAUCCACAACGACACCACGGUAGAUUAUGAGAGCGACUCCGGUAGUGAGGAUGGGGAGACUGCCGAGGACAAAGCCGACGACAGUGGGCCAGACAGCGACCUACCCAACGACAAUGACGACGACGAUUCCGAAGGCGGAAAUGGCGAUGACAACGGCCCAGCUGGUUUUGCCCCGAAUACCACUGCUCCGCGUGCCCCUGGUCCUGCACUACCUCCACGCAACACGGUCCGUCGAUCUUUUGAGAACCUUCUUGGGAUUCCAACACGUCAACGAGAUGCCCGUGCGACCCGACGAGAUGCCGAACGGACACAAAGGGAACGAGACAGUGAACGCAGCCAGCGACAGCCCCAACGUUUCUCUCCCGGCAACGGUGGCCGACCGCGCGACUCCCCCCGUGGACGCGAUUUCGACGCACGCGUACGCGAUCAGAAUCACCAGGAACGCCAAGAAAACGCCCACGGUGCACGGAACGAUGUCGAACGCAACGAACCACGUCAAAGUACUCGAGCCCGACGCACGCCAAACCGGUCUGCCGACGAGGGAUAUGCUUACGUGACAGCCAACCCCCCCGAGUAUUGUUACAACAUCGGCGAUGAUGUGCCACGAGGUCACAACGCAGCCAUGCGUAGCCUCGAAGCAAGAGAAUGGGAAAAGGCCGAGAAGGUUGCCCUCGACGCCAUGAUCGCGAAUGGAACAUGGGAAGUCCAGCAAGUGACUGCAUCCCAACGAUCGCUUCGAUGUCACUGGGUGUACGCCAAGAAGAUCGACAGUGAGGGGAACGUAACGCGCUACAAGGCGCGUCUGGUGGCAAAUGGAUCCACUCAAGAACAAGGAGUUGACUACUUUCAAUCCUACUCGCCAGUCGUCAAGCUCGUCACUUUGCGCACUGUCAUCAGUUUCGCCACGUCAAAAGGUUAUCACAUGGAACAGGCAGAUGCUGUGGACGCCUACCUGCAAAGUUUCCUACCCCUUAAUGAGCGCGUUAUCAUGGACCAACCACCUGGCCACCAACUUGGACCACUGGGGAGUAAACUACGCAUGAUCCGUCCACUAUGGGGACUCAAGCAGAGUGGAUUACACUGGAAUGUGUAUUGCGACGUGGGGCUGAAGAAAAUUGGGUUCCACCCGAGCCUCUACGACCCGUGCCUCUAUACCAAGACAUCGAACGGCAAGGUCAUUAUUUUGUGCGUGUAUGUGGACGAUUUCCUGAUCGCAGCUCCAACCAAGGAGGUCGUUACUGUUGUCCUUGAUGCCAUGGAGGGAGCGGGUAAGAUUCGUCUCAAGCGGCAGGGCCCACUGCAAUACCUCCUCGGAAUCAAGGUCAGUCGCACCCUCGAAGGCACAACCCUCAGCCAAGCGACGUACGCCAAAACAGUACUCAAGCGUUUUGGGAUGGAGAACUGUUCGCGCGUUGCCACACCCGAAGUCACGGGUUCAGAAGAUGAAUGGGAUGAACCUGGGGAGCUAGCCGAUGUCGAGGCGUACCAAUCGAUGGUGGGGAGCCUCGUUUACCUCAUGUCGUGCACACGCCCAGACCUUGCCCACUGCAUUCAACGACUCUCCAGAUAUCUCCACCAACCAACCACAAAACAUGUCGAAGGGGCCAAACGCGUGUUACGAUACAUCCAAGGCACCCUGGACGUCGGUAUCACCUUCACACACAACAGCAUGCAGCUCCACGGUUACAGCGAUUCUAGUUGGGCCCCGAAGCCAGAUCGACGAUCAAUCAGCGGUCAAAUAUGGAUCCUCAACGGAGGCCCCGUGUCAUGGCGCUCGAUCCGCCAGAAGACCAUUGCUACUUCCUCGUGUGAGGCCGAAUACGUGGCAAUGGCAACCGCCACCAAGGAAUGCAUUUUUCUCCGCGGGCUGUUGAGCGACUUAGGCGUGGACCAACACAGUGUACUAUGCUAUGCUGACAAUCAAGGCGCCAUCGCCUUGAGUUCAAAUCGAGUGACGAAUGACCGAACCAAGCACAUCGACAUAUGCCAUCAUUUCGUCCGGGACAUGGUACAUGAAAAGAUCAUUCAUUUUGAGUACAUUGAGACAAAGGCGAUGCUGGCCGACGCGAUGACGAAGAUCGCGACACGAGUGUCGUUGCAAAAGUUGUUUGAAGGCGCGAGAAUGACAUUGGUCCCUCAUGGGGAGUGUUAA